AUGAGUAAUGAUCUGAGUCUCUCAAGAGCCCUUGGUGGCUUACGCAUAGCGAAUCCCGACGACGCUGACCCAGCUCCUGCCGCCGAAGCUUCCACCGGGCUCGACCAAGUCUCGACAACCGACGAUGGUACCGUCCCAACCCAAUCGGAGCCCCAUACGACGUUGAGUAGAACUCAGACAGCGGCCUCGCUAGGGCCAGUAUUCCAGGAUGAGUCUCCGAAUCAGCUCCACCCAUACCCAACCAAUGGAUCCGCUGCCUACUCGAGUACGAGUGUCGUACGGCCAAGCUCUUCGCUCUAUACGACGGCCGAGCGUGACCAAGCCGCAAACUCCUACAAUAUUCUGAGAACGGAGCCGUCCAGAUCAUCCGUGUACACUACCCCCUCGAGAACCGAUUCGAGAGCGACCGCCUACUCAGUGGACCCUGGCGCCAUUCCUACUCGGGAAGCAAGUCACAGAGACAGGUCCUACAACCAGGCUCAACCGCAAGGUGGUAUUCGAUUGCCCAUGUCGAACAGCAGCGAGGACUGGAAAGACAAGGGCGCAGCAGUCAGCAUGCGGAAAGAAGUAGACUCGAACGGCAGGACCAUCAUGAAACCAGUCAAGAAGGGUGUCCGGGACUUCAACUUUGGCAGGAUCCUCGGCGAGGGCUCCUAUAGCACGGUGUACCUUGCUACCGACCGCCAGACCCUCAAAGAAUAUGCCGUGAAGGUGCUAGAGAAGAGGCACAUUAUAAAAGAAAAGAAGAUCAAGUACGUCAACAUCGAGAAGGACACAUUGAACCGCCUUACCGAACACCCAGGGAUCGUUCGUCUCUACUACACCUUCCAAGAUGAAAGCUCUUUGUACUACGUCCUGGAUUUGUGUACUGGCGGAGAGUUACUAGGAGUGUUGAAGAAGACGGGCACGUUUGACGAAGAUUGCACGAAAUAUUUUGGUGCACAGAUCCUGGACGCGAUCGAAUAUAUGCAUUCACGGGGGGUUAUCCAUCGCGAUCUCAAGCCUGAGAAUGUUCUUCUUGACGACCAGUUGCAUAUCAAGGUCACGGAUUUCGGCACAGCCCGCUUGUUGACAGACCCAAGACUACCUGCGUCGCAAGAAGCGCCGAGGCUGGACGACCCUAAUGGUAAAAGCAAGGAGAAAGAUGAUAGCAGAGCGGAUUCUUUCGUCGGCACAGCAGAGUAUGUCAGCCCCGAACUUCUUAAGGAUAGGAAUGCUUGCAAGGCUAGUGAUCUGUGGGCUUUCGGUUGCAUGAUUUAUCAGAUGCUGGCAGGUCGGCCGCCUUUUAAAGGCAAUACUGAAUGGUUGACAUUCGAAAAGAUUAUCAGCUUGGACUACGAUUUCCCUGCUGGAUUCCCGCCUGCGGCCCGCGAUUUGGUUGAACGAUUGUUGGUGAGGGACCCAUCUAGGAGACUCACUAUUGAGCAUAUCAAGAACCACCAGUUCUUUGAUGGGCAGUUGUUUGGCAAAGCUUUAUGGAGUCCUCAUGCACGAGGUGGUGAAGAUGGUCACAGAAAGUUUGCUCGGUUCUUCGGAGGCAGCACUACAAAGAAGCGACAGCGUCUGGUCAUGGUAACUUCAAGCGGCCGAAUUGUCCUGGCGCCUGCAGGAGGUGAAGAGAAGAAGUCAAAGCAGGAAAUAUCGCUAUUGGCACCAGAUGCCGCUUGGCGAACGCAGAUCGACGCAAAAGGGCAGACUGUCUGGUGUGUCGACUCGUACGGAACCCACUACACGUUCGAAGAGCCCAAGGCAGCUAAUUCUCUAGACCCUUCACGACCGACUGCGGACGACUGGCUUGAGUGCCUUGCUCAAGCAAAGGACAUGGCUGUAUCGCAGAAUAUGUCUGGCGCCUACAAUGGCGACAAUGGAUUUGGUGACAUGUCGUCAUCUAUGUCUAGUCCUGCUAGCACACUUGGCGGUAACAAUGCCUACGGUGAAGGCUUCGGCAUCAGUGACAGAUCGCAGAGGCACCACUUGAGCAAGAAGCCCAAGAUGCAGCCUGGCUAUCGACAACCAUAUCAGCAACAACCAGCGCCUCAGCGCACGCCGCAUGCUGCCAAUCCGCGCAGAGGAGGUAUCGGCCCCAUGAUGUCUGCUGGACCCGGACAUCAUCAAGUCCCCAUGACUCAAGCGCAGGUUGCACAACAGCAGCAGCAACAAGCAAUGCAGGUCGAGAUGGCCAAGAGGCGGAGCAAGAAGCCCACCGACAAGAACCUGCCCGAUGGCGUCGACGACUGCACAAUUGGCGACGUGGCCGCUCGAUACCGGCAACUACGCGACUUCGAGAGGACCCUCGAUGCUACUAUGACGCGGAAACGGCUCGAUAUCGUGGACUCGGUCAACCGAAGUGUCAAGCGAUACAAGACGUUGCGUAUUUGGGUCACCAACACAGCUGAAGACCAGGUCUGGCAAGCCAACGCGCUCAACAACGACUCGUUCGAUUUUAGUUCCAACACAGAGCCGACGUACAAGGUCAAGAUUCAGGGUCGCUUGUUGGAUGAUGACGACGAUCUAGACAAGGAUGACGAAGCUGAUGGCGAGGAGAAGGAGCAGGAGCAGAAUGGAGAUAAGAUGGACGAGGACAGCGAUUCCAGCACUAAGACCGCCACGUCGCACAGUCACAGAUUUUCUCACUUUUUCAAAUCGCUCACUGUCGACUUCCCUGUCAGCCGAAAGGGCGUCGACCAGCCAGUGGAAUGGAAGAAGCCGGAACGAGCAGGCAACUCGCAGAAUCUCCCCGCUGCGGCAGACUUCGACGAGUUGACGUUCAAGCGAAGCGGAGACGAGAACUUGAACAUCACAAUUAAUCUUUUCCGCCACGAGGAGCCAGAGAGGUAUGCCUUGAGCCCAGAGAUGCAGGAGGUCCUAGAUGAGCCUUCCGCCACACGCCAAGAGGUCGUCAUGGCUGUCUGGGAUUACAUCAAGUACUUCGGACUUCAGGAGGAUGAGGAGAAGCGCAACUUCCGUUGUGAUGAUAUUCUCAAGAAGGCGCUUGGAGGCAUUGAGAGCGGCGUGAUCCCAUCACUACAAAGCUACAUCACUCAAGCCUUAAAGCCUCUCCCCCCUGUCAAACUCCCGUACACUAUCCGUGUGGAUGAAGACUUCCACAAGGAUCCGCAGCCCACUGUCUAUGACGUUCGUGUCUCCGUUGAAAGCCCUCUUCGGGAGAAGAUGUCAACAUUCUUAAGCAACCCCGGCUACGCCAGCAUGCUCAAGGAAGUGGCAACGCAAGACGACCAGUUGGCCACCCUUGUCCAGGCCAUUCAUGUCUCGAAAUCGAAGCAUGCUUUUUUGACCGCCCUCAGCGAAGAUCCUACGAACUUCGUAAAGAACUGGCUGAGUUCGCAGAAACGUGACCUGGAGAUUGUCAUGGGUGAAGCCAUCCGCGGUGGUAGCGAGGAUGCCUCUGGCGACGAAUGGAGGAAGGGUGGUCCAGAUAGUGUAUGGGGCACUGUCAACGCAAAGGAGAGCGUCAGCAUGAUGCUGGCCAAGCAACCGCAGCAUGUGCAGCGAUAA